AUCGGAGAUAGGAAGAGAAUUCCUCUCUAAACAUUUAGGACGGAAUUCUAGUGUAGGAAAUUUAUUGCAUCAAGAGUAAAAAGAUUAGGCCUAAAAAAGUAGCCUGAACGCUGCCUGCCUUCUUAACCGCCCUAUUCACAUAUUAUAUAGAUGAAAAAAUGUUCCGAAAUAGAUAUGUUAAAUAUUUCUAGUAAUAAAAGAUGGCACCUUGUGGAAUGAAGCUAAGAGUUGCGUUUAAGUUGGUAAGGCAUAAUUUGUCUUAAUUUGGCAAUAAAUUGCACCACACAACAAGGUGGUACCUCUAGUUUUGCAAGGAUUUUGUUAACUGUGCUUGAAUUUACGAGUGACAAUGACAGAUGUCAAUAUGUUUUUAUUAUAGGUUUAAAAUUUCAAGCAUCUAACAUGUGGUGAUUGGAUUUUCUUAAAGGAUAAUCAUAACAAGUAUUGAAUGAUUAAAUCAUAUUGUGGAAUUAAAAACGGAUGCAUAAUUUAUAUCAAAACCCAAUUGAUCAAUAAAACGAUAACUUUUUAUAUUUAAUAAAAUAAAAUGGUCCGUUUUAAAAACAGAUAUGUUACUGUAGAAAUUAAUGCACCAGCUAUACCUGAAAAUAAACCUCUUCACUUGAAGUCGAAAAUAUUUCAUGACACCGUUAUGGAUAAAAUACAACUUUUAUAUGGUGACUUUGGAGUAGCAGCUGUGAAAAUAGGAUUUCUAGCAAAAUAUUGCAAUGAGAACACACGAAUAGCUAUAUUGAAAUCAAGACAUGGUCCUCAUAAAUUUGUUACGAGUGCCUUACCAUUUGUAACUAAAAUAGGUAAAUUAGAUGUAAAUUUAAGGACUCUACAUGUUGGUGCUACUUUGAAACAUAGUUUUAUGUUCAUCCAAAAGCAUCAAAGAGCUUACUUGGACUCAAUGUGGUCAGAGCUUAAAACUGAUGAGGAAAGAAAAGCAUUGGAAAGUGCUGUCAUGGAUUUUAGUAAGACUGAUGUAGCAAUAAACUUAGAGAAUCUUACAUAAAACUUUUAUUAAGAUAAUAAAUACAUAAUAAGUUA